GCCACGCUCAAGUAAUGAAAUAUUUACUGGAUGCCUUCUAAUGACGUGGCUGGUUCUUGAUGAGAGUUACACAGGCUUUGGGAACCUGGUGGAUCCUAAAACCUAUAGUCUGGCAGAACUAGAAGUACUAUGUAACCACCUAUAUGAAGGAACUGAUCUAGCACAGCGAAUGCAAGCUGAGAAGGUACUCUUGGAGCUUAUUGAUAGCCCAGAAUGUCUUAGCCAAUGCCAACUUCUAUUAGAACAAGGAACAACAUCCUAUGCUCAACUUCUAGCAGCAACAUGCCUGUCUAAGCUUGUAAGCAGGGCGUCGCCAUUACCUAUCGAACAAAGGAUUGACAUACGAAAUUACAUUCUGAACUAUGUAGCAUCUCAACCCAAACUGGCUCCUUUUGUCAUCCAAGCUCUUGUUCAAGUCAUUGCUAAAAUUACAAAAUUAGGAUGGUUUGAGGUACUAAAAGAUGAGCUCAUCUUCAGAGACAUUAUUGGUGAUGUAAAAAAAUUUUUGCAGGGCACUGUGGACCAUUAUAUAAUAGGAGUAAUGAUUCUCUCAGAACUGACUCAGGAAAUGAAUCUAGUUGAUUAUUCAAGACCUUCAGCAAAACAUCGUAAAACAGCUACCUCAUUCCGUGACACCUCUCUAAAGGACAUACUGAUGCUUGCGUGCUCUCUUUUGAAGGAGCUUUUGGCAAAACCUUUAACCCUUCAGGACCAACAGCAACAAAGUCUAGCAAUGCAACUGUUGAAGCUUGUGCUAAAUUGUCUUAGUUUUGACUUCAUUGGAAAUUCAGCUGAUGAAUCUGCAGACGACCUGUGCACUGUGCAGAUUCCAACAAACUGGAGAACAAUCUUCCUGGAACCAGAGACCUUGGACCUGUUUUUUGAUUUGUAUCAUUCCCUUCCACCAGUGCUGUCUCAGUUAGCACUUUCUUGUUUAGUUCAGUUUGCUUCUACAAGGAGAUCUUUAUUCAGCAAUCCAGAACGUGCCAAAUACCUUGGUAAUCUAAUCAAAGGAGUGAAACAAAUACUUGAAAAUCCACAGGGUUUAUCUGAUCCGGGUAAUUACCAUGAAUUAUGUCGGUUUUUGGCUCGGCUAAAGACGAACUAUCAACUAGGAGAGCUAGUAAUGGUGAAAGAUUACCCAGAAGUCAUCCAACUUAUAGCAAAUUUUACUAUUACUAGCCUACAGCACUGGGAGUUCUCUCCAAAUAGUGUUCAUUAUUUGCUAACUCUGUGGCAAAGAAUGGUAGCAUCUGUACCUUUUGUGAAAACGGCAGAACCCCACCUCUUAGAUACAUAUGCACCUGAGAUAACAAAAGCUUAUAUUACUUCUAGACUGGAAUGUGUUCCUGUAGUUAUAAGAGAUGGCUUAGAAGAUCCACUGGAUGAUACUGCUACAGUUUUCCAACAGCUGGAGCAACUGUGCACAGUUAGUAGGUGUGAAUACGAAAAGACCUGUACUCUUCUUGUACAGUUGUUUGACCAAAAUGCACAAAACUACCAAAAAUUAUUGCACUCUUCUAGUAGGAAUCCAUUAGAAAUCACAGUUCAGGAAGGACGUCUGGCAUGGCUUGUCUAUUUUGUGGGUACUUUUGUGGGAGGACGGUUAACGUACACUAGCACUGAUGAACAUGAUGCUAUGGAUGGAGAGUUAUCCUGUCGAGUUUUUCAGCUGAUAUCUUUGAUGGAUGCCCAGUUACCACAAUCUAGUAAUGAAAAAGUGGAGCUGGCGAUUCUGUGGUUCUUGGAUCAGUUCCGUAAAACAUAUGUGGGAGACCAGCUUCAACACACCUCAAAG